CUUGAAAAUCGGGGUAAAAUCCUCACGAACUGCCGCUUGAUUAUUUUACGUGUAAGCUCUGACUAUUAAACACCAGGAUGACGGAAAUACAGCCCCGAGAGAUAAAGAUUCUGGAAACGGCCGAGGACAUUCAACAACGACGUGAUGAGGUCCUCGGACGUUAUGGUGGCUUCAAGGCAGCGUGCAGAGAACGUCGCGAGCGCCUUGAGGACUCACGCAGGUAUCAGUACUUCAAGCGCGAUGCUGACGAACUGGAGAGCUGGAUUCUGGAGAAGCUACAGACAGCCUCUGAUGAAAGCUUCCGAGAUCCUACAAACCUACAAGCUAAGAUCCAGAAGCAUCAGGCAUUUGAGGCAGAAGUGGCGGCUCACGCCAACGCUAUAGAGAGUCUGGACAAUACAGGACAAGAGAUGAUCUCGCAAGGUCACUUUGCUUCAGAAACCAUCAAGGCCCGUUUAGAAGAGCUGCAUCGCCUGUGGGAGCUGCUGUUGUCAAAACUGAGGGAGAAAGGCCUCAAACUGCAGCAGGCUCUCAAGCUGGUCCAGUUCACACGCGAAUGUGACGAGGUCAUGUUCUGGAUCAAUGACAAGGAAGCCUUUGUCACUUCUGAAGAGUUCGGACAGGAUUUGGAGCACGUGGAAGUCCUGCAAAAGAAAUUUGAUGAGUUCCAAAAGGAUCUGGCCAACCAUGAAGAUAAAGUAGCUGAGGUGAACACACUGGCUGAACAGCUGAUUGAUGAGGAACACCCUGAAGAACAAACCAUCAAACAACGACAACAGGAGGUGAAUGAGGCAUGGCAGAGACUGAAACAAUUGUCCCUCCUCCGACAGGAGAGGCUUUUCGGAGCUCAUGAGAUUCAGCGCUUUAACAGAGAUGCUGAUGAGACAAUUUCGUGGAUCAGUGAGAAAGACGUCAUCUUGUCAUCAGAUGACUAUGGCCGCGACUUAGCAAGUGUUCAGGCACUGCAGAGAAAGCAUGAGGGUGUGGAGAGAGAUCUGGCUGCCCUAGAGGAAAAGGUGGUUGCUCUGGAGUCUGAGGCUAACAGGUUGAUGGAGAUUCACCGUGACCAGGCCCACACGAUCGACAACAAGGCUCGCGAGAUCGCAGAGGACUGGGAGAAACUGAAGAGCAAGGGUGAUGAGCGCAAGGCCCGUUUGGACGAUUCAUACUACCUGCAUCGCUUCCUGGCUGACUUCCGUGAUUUGGUGUCCUGGAUUCAUGACAUGAAGGCUAUCAUCUCCGCCGACGACCUGGCCAAGGACGUAGCUGGAGCUGAGGCGCUGCUGGAAAGACACCAAGAGCAUAAGGGAGAGAUUGAUGCGCGUGAGGACAGCUUCAAAACCACAGACGAGUCUGGCCAGAAGCUCGUGGAGUCAAACCACUACGCCAAAGAGGAGGUCAGAGAGAAGCUGGAUGUUCUUACCAAUGAGAAGGCAAGACUGCUGGAUUUGUGGGAGGAGCGUCGUAUCAUGUAUGAACAGUGUAUGGACCUUCAGCUGUUCUACAGAGACACAGAGCAGGCUGAUGCCUGGAUGACCAAGCAGGAGGCUUUCCUGGCCAAUGAGGAUCUGGGUGACUCGCUGGACAGUGUAGAGGCUCUCAUCAAGAAACAUGAUGACUUUGAGAAAUCUCUAGCUGCUCAGGAAGAAAAAAUCAAGGCCUUGGAUGACCUGGCCACAAAGCUGAUAGAGAAUGAGCACUACGCCCACGAUGAUGUGGCCGCCAGACGUCAUGCGCUUCUCCAAAGACGUAAUGCACUGUACGAGCGAUCAUCUCGGCGGCGCCACCUGUUGGAAGAGUCCUACAAAUUCCAGAUGUUUGAGAGAGACUGCGAUGAAACCAAAGGCUGGAUCCUUGAGAAGUUGAAAACUGCCUCUGAUGAGAACUACUUGGAUCCCACCAAUCUUCAGACCAAGAACCAGAAACACCAGAAUUUUGAGGCGGAGCUUGAAGCCAACAAGAGCCGUAUUGAAUCCACACAGUCGACAGGAGAGGAGCUGAUAGAAGCUGGUCACUAUGCCUCGGACACUAUCAGGGCACGAGUGGAUGAAAUCACUGAACUGUGGUCCCAGCUCCGAGAGAAGACUGGACUUAAAGGUGGCAAACUGAAAGAAGCCAGUCAACAACAGAUGUUUAAUCGUAAUGUAGAGGACAUUGAAGUCUGGUUGUCGGAGAUCGAGGGACAACUCAUGUCAGAGGAUUUCGGAAAGAUGCUUCUGAAAGCUACCAGAGGUUUACAGGAUCUCACCAGUGUACAGAACCUACAAAAGAAGCAUGCUCUCCUGGAGGCUGAUGUCGCAGCUCAUCAGGACCGUAUUGAUGGCAUUGCUAUCCAGGCCGACCAGUUUGUACAGUCAGGUCAUUUUGAUGCUGAUAACAUCAAGAAAAAGCAGACCUCACUGAUGGAGAGGUACCUGGGACUUCAGGAGCCUAUGACAACCCGUCGUCAGAAGCUAGAGGAUGCCCUCAAACUGCAGCAGUUCCUCCGUGAUGUGGAAGAUGAGGAAGAUUGGAUCAGAGAGAAGGAGCCCAUCGCCUCCUCGACCAACAGAGGCCGUGAUCUGAUUGGUGUACAGAACCUGAUGAAGAAGCACCAGGCAUUGACGGCGGAGCUGGCCGGUCACGAGAGUCGCAUCAACAACGUGUGUCAGCAGGGUCAGGGCAUGAUCCAGGAAGGCCAUUUUGCCACCACUGAGAUCCAGGAGCAGAUCCUACAGCUAGAGGAGAAGUGGCGGAGCCUUAAGGACAAAGCCUUCCAGAGGAAGCAGGACUUGGAGGACUCUCUUCAGGCCCAGCAGUAUUUUGCUGAUGCUAACGAGGCGGAGUCCUGGAUGAAGGAGAAAGAACCAUUGGCUGCCAACACUGACUAUGGCAAAGAUGAGGAUUCGGCUGAGGCUCUGCUGAAGAAACAUGAAGCUUUCAUGGCUGACCUUGAGGCAUACAGGACUAACAUUGAGGGGUUGAGAGAACAAGCCUUGUCCUGCAAGCAACAAGAGGCACCAGUUGUGGAUGACCUUGGAACAGAGAAGGUCAUGGCUCUGUACGACUACACGGAGAAAUCUCCGCGUGAAGUGUCCAUGAAGAAGGGAGACGUCCUGACACUUUUGAACAGUGCCAAUAAGGAUUGGUGGAAGGUUGAAGUGAAUGACCGUCAGGGCUUUGUCCCCGCCGCCUACGUGAAGAAGCUAGACCCUAGCCUGUCUACCAGCAGGAACAACCUGAUGGAUGAGUUUACCAUCUCUGUCAGACAGAACCAGAUUGAGACUCAGUAUGCCAAUUUGCUGGAUCUGGGUAACCAGCGUCGUGAGAAGCUACAGGAGUCGUGUAAAGCGUACCAGCUGGUGCGAGAAGCCGCAGAGCUGGCUGCCUGGAUCACGGAGAAGGAGAGCGUCGUCGUGGCCGAGGAGGUCGGGGAAGAUCUGGAACAGGUCGAGGAGAUGCAGAAGAAGUUUGAUGACUUCCAGAAGGAUCUGAAGUCUAACGAGGCUCGUCUACAGGAACUGAAUGAGAUCGCAGACCGCCUGACUGCCAUGGGACAGACUGAGGCUGCUGAGAAGAUCAGGGAACAGAUCGCGCAACUGAACCAGAGAUGGGCCACCCUGCAGCAGGUCACACAGGAGAGAGCCAACACCUUGGGCAGCGCCCACGAGGUCCAGAGAUACCAUAGGGAUGUAGAUGAAACCAAGGACUGGAUCAAUGAGAAGGAUACAGCUCUGAACAACGACAACUAUGGGCACGACUUGGCCAGCGUUCAGGCACUCCGACGCAAACAUGAAGGUGUUGAACGGGAUUUGGCUGCUCUGGGAGAAAAGGUACGUGACCUUGAUGAGUCUGCUAAUCGUCUGAUGAUGACCCACCCUGACCAGGGAGAGAACAUCUACCAGCAUCAGAAAGAGAUCAACGAGAUGUGGAACGGCCUCACUACUAAGGCUGAUGCCAGGAAAACCAAGCUGCUAGAUUCGUACGAUCUCCAGCGCUUCCUGAGUGAUUACAGAGACCUAAUGUCAUGGAUCAACAGCAUGAUGGCUCUCGUGUCCUCAGACGAACUCGCCAAGGACGUUACCGGAGCAGAAGCCCUUCUGGAAAGACACCAAAUGUUCAGCACAGAGAUAGUCAGCCAUUACGGCAUCUCCCAUAUCCCUGAGGAAGAUGAAGAGGAACAUCGCACGGAAAUCGAUGCCCGUGCUGGGACUUUCCAAGCUUUCGAAAUGUUUGGGGCUCAACUGCUGGACAAUGGUCACUACGCCAGUGAGGAUGUCCAGUCUAGUCUGGAGGAGUUGGCUCGUGCAAGAGAGGAACUAGAGAGGGCGUGGAUUGAUCGACGCAUGAAGCUGGACCAAUGUCUGGAGUUACAGCUGUUCUACCGUGACUGCGAGCAGGCCGAGUCGUGGAUGGCCUCCCGCGAAGCCUUCCUGGCCGGGGACAGUGUGGACGGUGACAACGUGGAGACCCUCAUCAAGAAACACGAGGAUUUUGACAGAGCCAUCAACUCGCAGCAAGAGAAGAUCCAAGCUCUGCAGACUUUCGCUGAUCAGCUGAUCCAGGGAGACCACUACGAUGGUCCGGCCAUUGCUGAGAAGAGAGACCAGGUGCUUGACAGGUGGUCCCAGCUGAAGGAGGCUCUGAUUGACAACCGGUCCAAGCUGGGUGAGGCGCAGACGCUGCAGGCGUUUUCCCGCGACGCUGAUGACAUGGAGACGUGGCUUAUGGAGAAGAUACAAAUCGCCCAGGAUGAGAGCUACAGGGAUCAGGCCAACAUCACGAGCAAGCACCAGAAGCACCAAGCAUUUGAGGCAGAACUCGCAGCCAAUGCUGACAGACUGCAACAUCUCCUCUCUACAGGCAACAACCUGAUAGAGAAGAGUCAGUGUGGUGGAUCAGAGGAUGCCGUCCAGGCGAGGCUAGCCAAUCUGGCUGAGCAGUGGGAAACUCUGGUGGCCAAGUCCGCAGAGAAGAGUGAGAAGCUGAAAGAGGCCAAUCGGCAGCAGACCUACAAUGCCGGGGUGAAGGACAUUGAGUUCUGGCUGGGCGAGGUUGAACAGAUGCUGGCGUCCGAGGAUUAUGGGAAGGACUUGGCAACUGUCCAGAACAUACUGAAGAAACACCAGCUGCUGGAGGCUGAUAUUGCUGCUCAUGAGGAUCGUAUCAAGGAUCUGGACAUCCAGGCCGAUCAGUUCAUAGAGGCUGGCGUCUUUGACAGCGAGAGUAUCCGCGAGAAGAAGCGCACCAUCAACGAGAGAUACGAGAAGGUGAAGGUCCUAGCUGCUCACCGCAGAGGACGGCUGAACGAGGCUAACACCAUGCACCAGUUCUUCAGGGAUAUCGAUGAUGAAGAGGCCUGGAUCAAGGAGAAGAAGCUGUUGGUGAGCUCUGAUGACUACGGCAAAGAUCUGACAGGAGUGCAGAAUCUAAAGAAGAAGCACAAACGUCUGGAGGCAGAGCUAACCAGCCAUGAACCAACCAUUCAGUCUGUCCAUGACAUGGGCCAGCAGCUGAUCAACCAAUCAGAUAUUGGCAAUGAUGACAUCAAGAACAGGCUGGACCAGUUGGAUCAGAGCUGGGAGGAGCUGAAACGAUUGGCUGCCCAGAGGGGCCAGAGAUUGGACGAGUCGCUGUCUUACCAACAGUUCACGGCCAACAUUGACGAGGAAGAGGCAUGGAUUUCAGAGAAACAACAUCUGUUGUCUGGUGACGACUUCGGGGAUACCAUGGCUGCCGUGCAGGGCUUAUUGAAGAAACACGAAGCUUUCGAGACAGACUUCCGUGUGCACAAAGAUCGCUCUAACGAGAUCCAGAAGGAAGGAGAGAAGCUGAUUGAAGAGGGUAACUUUAACGCUGACAAUAUCCGCGAGCGCUGUAAUAGCCUCAGGAGUAAGAUGGGAGAGCUGGAGGCAGCCGCGGACCGUCGUAAAGCUGCCCUGGUGGAUAACUCCGCCUUCCUUCAGUUCAUGUGGAAGACAGAUGUAGUGGAGAGCUGGAUCGCUGACAAGGAGACCCAGGUGAGGUCAGAUGACUACGGUAGAGACCUGUCCUCAGUCCAGACACUUCUCACCAAACAGGAGACCUUUGAUGCGGGUCUUCAGGCUUUUGAGAAGGAGGGUAUUCAGACCAUCACAGCCCUGAAAGACCAGCUUGUGGCCGCUAAGCAUGCCCAAACCCCGGCCAUCGAGAAGCGUUACCAGGAUGUAGUCGCCAGAUGGCAACGACUGUUAGGCGACUCGGAGGCACGCAAACAGCGCCUGCUCAAGUUACAAGAGCAGUACCGUCAAAUCGAGGACCUGUAUCUCACCUUCGCCAAGAAAGCGUCUGCAUUCAACAGCUGGUUUGAGAAUGCUGAGGAAGAUCUGACAGACCCGGUCAGGUGCAACUCUGUGGAAGAAAUCAAGGCUCUGCGGGAGGCACAUGACCAGUUCAAGGCCUCGCUUAGCGCAGCACAGGCCGACUUUAACCAGCUUGCUGCCCUGGAUAAGCAGAUCAAGAGCUUUAAUGUGGGUCCGAACCCUUACACCUGGUUCACCAUGGAGGCCCUGGAGGAAACGUGGAGGAACCUACAGAAGAUCAUCAAGGAACGUGAUGGUGAUCUGGCCAGAGAACAGCAGAGACAGGAAGAGAAUGACCAGCUGAGGAAACAGUUCGCUCAGGCCGCCAAUGCUUUCCACUCCUGGCUAACCGAGACACGGCUGUGGAUGUUGGACGGCGCUGCCAUGAUGGAAGGCUCAGGAACUCUUGAAGAACAACUGGAAGCUACCAAGCGUAAGGCUGUGGAGGUACGAGCUCAGAAGGGUCAGCUGAAGAAAAUUGAGGAUUUGGGAGCGGCCAUGGAGGAGAGACUCAUCCUCGACAACAGAUACACAGAGCACAGUACUGUUGGUCUGGCCCAGCAGUGGGAUCAGUUAGACCAGCUUGGUAUGAGAAUGCAGCAUAACCUGGAACAACAAAUACAAGCUAGGAACCGCAGUGGCGUGUCAGAAGAUGCCCUCCGGGAGUUCAGUAUGAUGUUCAAACACUUUGACAAGGACAAGAGCGGCAAACUGGACCACCAGGAGUUCAAGUCGUGUUUACGAGCAUUGGGUUAUGACUUGCCAAUGGUGGAGGAAGGUCAGGUUGACCCAGAGUUCCAGGCCUCCAUUCUUGAUAUCGUUGAUCCCAACAGGGAUGGAUAUGUGUCUCUACAAGAGUACAUGGCCUUCAUGAUAAGCCGAGAGACUGAAAACGUCCAGUCUAGUUCUGAGGUGGAACAGGCCUUCCGGGCCCUCACGUCCGGGGAAAAACCUUUUAUUACAAAACAAGAGUUAUACGCAAAUCUUACAAAGGAACAGGCCGAUUUUUAUGCGCGGAUGCGUCCUUAUGUGGACAAGACAGGACGCACCUUGGUGGACGCUUACGAUUACGUGGACUUCACACGAUCUUGUUCAUCAACUAGCUGUCAUAAUAUAGGAGCUCUUCAGCCUCUUAGCUUAUCACUCUAUGCUAUCUAUGUAUACACCAGAUUGCUCUAGCAAACCGAACACACGUAUUGUAAUGUAGACUUUUAGACUUAUUCUGUAACUGUUGACAAGAUAUAACGAAUGAUGAAACUGACCAGUGGGUAAUUCGUAACUGCUGAAGUUGCUGCAACUUAAGAUAUAAGGUGAUGAUGGCUUGUUGCUAAGUAGAAAUAUUUGUCAUCUUAAAGCGUGAAAGAAUGAUUGGUUGUGUAAAGUUCCCAUAUGUAAGAAGGACCUACUGUAAUUGAAUUUGUCGGUUGUUUGAAAACAUGUAUUCUAACCUUGACCGACAAGUAAAAUCUUUCUAGAAUCUAAAAGCUUUCUACAUUGAUAUAUAGCAGCUGUCAUUAGCUCCGUAUCAGCUGUUCAAUGUUAUUCGUCGUUUUGAGAUGUCCGUCAUUCGUGGCUAACAGCUUUCAAAGUAGUGUAGUCAUCUGUAGAUUUAGAAGUGCUGCUUUUUGUCUGAACAUAAUAACUGACCUCUUCUGCUAACUACAUGCACUGGUAUUUUGCUUUUUUAUGGAGGAAAUUGUGAUAAUUCAUAAUUGAUAUGUUCCAUGUUUUUUAUAUUUGAUUUUCUCUUUUUUUAAUGGCGAGGGAAGUGUUGUUGCAUUAGAGGAUUUUGACAAAAACUUUGUUAUGCCAAUUGUGGCAAAAAUAUCAUGUUUCAAAAAUUUUAAUAUUUUACGCGAAAAAAAGUUAAUCUUUCAUCAGGAGUGGGUACAGAAUUUACACAGAGAAGAAAUGUCAAACUUUGAUGAUUUUUCAAAAUUUCAUUGAAUUUUUAAGUGACCACACGUACUUUGGGCUUUACAUUUUUUGAAGCUUUGAACUAUCUUGGACCAAUACUGCAUAGCAAAUGCACGUCACUGCCUGUAAACAUUUAUAUAUACCGUUAGACCUGCCUUUGAAUUAUGGUGAUAAUGUGCUUCCAUAGCAUACCCUUGUGACUGUUCUGUGUCAGCUUUGUCAACGUUAGUGAAUAAACUUAUCUUUUACGUCUACUGUU